CAAAUGUCAAGUGCGGCUUAUACGUGUAUUUUUCCGGUUCUUGUCUUCCUCGAAUAGCUUCACUCGAUCGGCGAAGUAUAGCGCACGCAUUAAAUAGAAGCCCAGUGAAAGUUCUAAAAUGCUAGGAUCACUUAAAUUAGUUUUAUAUUUAGCUGUUAUUUACGUAUGUAAGGCCACCGAAGAGGAUGUACUUGAUCUUACAGACUCUGACUUCGCUAGUGCGAUAGCCCAACAUGAUACAGCUCUUGUCAUGUUUUACGCACCAUGGUGUGGUCAUUGUAAGAGAUUGAAACCUGAAUACGCGUCUGCUGCCGGCGUUUUGAAGACUGAUGAUCCUCCUGUGGCAUUGGUCAAAGUGGACUGUACUGAGGGUGGAAAAAGCACUUGCGAGAAGUACUCGGUGUCUGGAUAUCCAACACUCAAAAUAUUCAGAAAAGGAGAACUCGCACAAGAAUACAAUGGUCCAAGAGAAUCCAAUGGCAUUGUCAAAUUCAUGCGUGCUCAAGUUGGCCCAAGCUCCAGGGAACUACUCACCGUGGCCAGCUUCGAGGCAAUGAUUGCUAAGGAUGAAGUAGUGGUCAUUGGCUUCUUUGAAAAGGAGACAGACCUCAAAGGAGAAUUCCUCAAGACUGCCGACAAGAUGAGGGAGGAAGUCACCUUUGCACACUCUUCUGCAGAGGAGGUGCUGAAAAAGGCUGGAUACAAAAACAAUGUGGUGCUGUACCGUCCCAAGCGCAUGCAAAACAAGUUUGAAGACUCCUCAGUCGUGUAUAGCGGCGACGGGUCUCUGAAAGCCUUCAUCAAGGAGAACUACCAUGGCCUAGUCGGCUUCCGUCAAAAGGAGAACAUCAACGACUUCACAAACCCCCUGGUUGUGGCCUAUUAUGACGUGGACUACGUCAAGAACCCUAAGGGCACCAACUACUGGAGAAACCGUGUGUUGAAGGUAGCCAAGGAGCUGUCGGAAGUGACGUUCGCGAUCAGUGACAAGGACGACUUCGUCCACGAGCUCAACGACUACGGCAUCGACUUCGCAAAGGGCGACAAACCCGUUGUGGCUGGCAAAGACCUGGAUGGAAACAAAUACGUCAUGAGCGCCGAGUUCAGCAUAGAAAACCUAGUCACUUUCGCCAAGGACCUCGUAGACGGUAAACUAGAGCCCUUCAUCAAAUCUGAGCCAUUACCUGAGAAGAAUGAUGGACCGGUCAAGGUUGCUGUGGGCAAGAACUUCAAGGAGCUGGUGACAGACAGCGGCAGGGAUGCUCUGAUCGAGUUCUACGCGCCCUGGUGUGGACACUGCCAGAAACUCGCGCCUGUGUGGGACGAGCUUGGGGAGAAGCUUAAGGAUGAGGAGGUAGACAUCAUCAAAAUGGACGCCACCACCAACGACUGGCCCAAGUCUCUCUACGAAGUGUCUGGCUUCCCCACCAUCUACUGGAAGCCUAAGGAUUCCAACAAGAAACCCGUCAGAUAUAAUGGUGGGCGUGCAGCUGAAGACUUCAUCAAAUACAUAUCCGAAAAUGCCUCAAGUGACCUUAAAGGCUUUGACAGGAAAGGAAAUGCAAAGAAGGAUGAACUGUAGAGUGAUGCAAACUUUCCAUGAAAGAUCUGUGUGUGAAUGAAACGUGUGUAUGGAUGUGUGUUCACUCACACAUAUUAAAAUCUAUUUUGUAUAAGACUACAAUGUAGUACAAGAGUGAGAAUGCUUUGGAGUACCUAUCAUCAAUGUACUCCGAAUAAUUUUAAAAGCUUUUCUUGGUGUCAUUCCAUUUAUUUAUGAGUGAGUUUUCCAUUUAUUUGAGAAUUAUCAACAAAAGGGUCAUACUGGUACUUGGUAGUCAUUGUUGUAUGAGAGAGUGAGAAAAUAUUGUUUUUACAACUUAACACCAACCAAGCUUUUUUCAUAUUAUAUAAAACCCAUAAGUAAUGAACUAAAUACAGUAAUUUUUAAAUGCAUUUCUUAUAAUAUGUCAGUGGUAACAAGAAAUAAACUAGGAAUUAUUUAUAA